AUGAAGGUCCUCGUACUCGGUGCCUCUGGCUUCAUCGGCCUCCCCGUCGCGCUCGCCUUUGCGCGUAAUGGACACAUCGUUUACGGCACGACUCGUGACGGCAAGGCUGCCCGCCAGCUUGCCAAGCACGAAAUUGUUCCCCUCAUCUGCCCCGCCAACGGUGCUCACGGCGUGGCCGUGUGGGGCAAGAUUGCUGGCGACGUUGAUGUUGUCAUUGACACCAUCCGCUCCAUGGAUGCUGAACAGCCGCUUGGCGCUCUUCGUGCCAUCGAGGCUGUCGCUGGUCGCGGCACCCCGGGCACCCGCAUCACGUACAUUUACACGGGCUCGACCUGGAGCCACAUGAAGGGCUCUGGUGGCCUCGACACCUGGAGUAGCGAACAGAACCCGCACUCCAACACCCUCGACGGCGCAUGGAGGCGCGAGGUCGAAGAAGCUGUUCUUGGCAGCGACAAGGUCAAUGGUAUCGUGAUCCGCCCUGCGGUGUUGUACGGGCGCUCGGGAUCGAUGCUCGAGCCCUUCCUCCUCGCGCCGGCAUACGAUGCCGCCAAGUCCAGUGGUACAUUUGACGUCAUUGGCCUCAACGACACGCGCCUCCUCAUGGUUCACCAGGAUGACCUGGCGGACCUUUACCUCCGUGCUGGCGAGCGGGGCCCUCUCCUCAAGGGCAACGCUUUCGUCGGCGCCAACCCCCAGUCCGAGCGCUGGGUGGACAUCCUCGACGCCGUGGUCCGCGUCUCGGGCGCCAAGGGCUACAGGCUCCGUGCGCCAGCCGAGAACAUGCGUGAGUCGGAGUCGGGCUUCCCGUCUUCACCCACCACGCGUACACCCAUGAUCCCCAUGGGUGUCGUGCCGAGCGUCGUAGCAAGCAGUGCAAGUGUGAAUGGGAACGGGAACGAGACCGGGGUUGCGGUCGCGGCUGGGAACGCGCAGAGCACGCACCGUAGCACCUUGAGCGUGGACGCAGACGUCCCUACCCUGGGGCUGUCUCCUCCUGCCUCGCCGUCGCCGCUCACUCGGCGCACGUCCAUGCCCACGUCGCCGUCUCCGCUCGGCGGCGUGGCUGGUCGUGAAGCCCACGAGGCGCACCAGGCCCGUGAGCGCGCGUACAGUGGCACUGGGUCGAGCGAUCUUUCGCGCUCCCCCGUAGCUUUCACCUCGUCCUCGCUGUGGCCCGUGACGGAGACGCUGCCACUGCCGAUCCCCGGUGCCCAGGCCCAACCCCAUACGCUCUCCCCGCGGGCGUCGGCCGCGUCCCUCACUUCUAUCGCUUCAAGCGUUUCCGCAACGUCUGCGUCGAACCGGGGUGGCUCGGGACUGGGGUGGGGACUGGCCAUGGAAGCUGCUUGGGCCAGCACGACCAACCUCCGCCCCACUCUCGCCCACAGCCUCACGGGCUGGAGCCCACGCAAGCCCGGUCUCGUGGACGGAAUGGACCUGUACUGGGCGGCAUUCGCCGCGCACUACGAGUUCAAGAAGAUCAUCCCGGCAUGGGACCUUCCCGGUGUUCAACCCCCGCAGCGCGUCACCAUCGGCUGCAGCCACGGCAACUAG